AUGGCACCCCCAUCCAAGCUCGCCGUCGCCACCUCCUCCGUCGUCCGCCUUGUCAAGGAGGAGGCCAGCUACCAUAAGGAGCUUGAGCAACAGCAGGCCCGCAUCAAGAAACUCGAGGACACUCCGGGCGACGAGAAUGCCGAGUACACCCUGAAGCAGGAGCGUCAAGCGCUUGAGGAGACCAAGAACGUCCUCCCCGCCAUCAGUCAGAAGAUCAAGGAUGCUCUCGACAGGCUCAACGAUGAGCUUGAGGCCAACGAUGGUGCCGCGUCCACUGAGGAGGUUACGAAGGCCAAAGAGGCUGCUGCAAGCGCGUUGACUGCCAUCAGGGAAAGCGCUUAG